AUGGAGAAGUAUGAGCAGGUGUUGUGUUUGGGCAGGGGAGGGGCAGGUGACGUCUUCCUCGUUAGGCACGUAGAGCUCAGGAGUCUGCAUGCGGUGAAGAGGAUCAAAGUGGAGGAAACGAGGCCCACUAAAACAAAGAAGGCCAUUCUUCAGGAGGCGGAAAUCAUCAGGAGGCUUGAGCACCCUCAUAUCGUCAAAUGUAGCGAUUUGUUCGUGAAUGACGGCUUCAUCUGCAUUGUGAUGAACUACUGUGAUGGCGGGACAUUAGACGACAAAGUCAAAGAGAGGAAACCAGAGCAGUGUUUCACAGAGGAAACCGUGAUGGGCUGGUUUGUGCAGGUUGCUAUGGCCGUGAAUUUUAUACACAUGGCUAAAAUACUACACAGGGACAUUAAAACCUCUAAUGUACUGCUAACAAAGCAAGGUGUGGUGAAGCUCGGGGACUUUGGGAUAUCCAAAGUGAUGAGCAGCACAACUGAUAUGGCCUCUACAUGUGUUGGUACACCCAGCUACCUGAGUCCUGAGCUCUGCCAGGAUGUCCCAUACAGCUCCAAGUCUGAUAUCUGGGCUCUGGGCUGUCUGCUGUAUGAGAUCUGUGCCCUCAGACCUCCAUUUGCAGCCUCAAACCUGCUGAGUCUGUUCUACAAGAUCACCAAAGGAGAGUAUGAUCCUGUGGCAGACAUAUACACUGAAAACAUCUCGUCUUUGAUCCAUAGCAUGCUCCACCUCAACCCUGAACACAGGCCGAGUGCUGCCUGUAUACUCAGUAGUGCCUAUGUUAAAAAUCAUCUAGGGACUAUUGAACACACAAAACUUGAUUGUGUUUACACUGGUGGAUCUAGAGGAGAGAACAGUGGCUUCAAUAUAGAAGGUCAACAAACAGACACAGAUCUCAAAGAGCCCACCCAGUGGGGAGACAAAGAUAACAACAUGGAGACCAGUUUCAGUGGUCCAGAGACGGAAGAUCUGGAAGAUUUAUGUGUUGGAGGAUAUAACCAAUGUGAAUGCCACUAUCCUGAAGACUUUGAUGAAGAUGAAAGUUUGUCCUCUCACAGUGAACACUCAGGGCUGCAGCUGGGGAGUGAUUCUGCUCAACCUCUCGUAUCAGAGGAUCCUGAUGUCACAGAGGAGGUGGAGUAUCCUGAUGAUUUUGAGGAAGUUGAGGAAGAAAACGAUGAUAAAGCAUCAUUGAUACUUGCUGAGUCACCACAUGAGGAUGUACAGGAGGAAGAGUUUCAGCUCUGUGAUGCUGGGGGACUGACCAUCACCCUGAAGGCACUGAAAGAAAAAGGCUGAAAACAAACUCCUGGAAGCAUUCAUGAGAAAUAAAGGGACUGUAGCUGCUAAAACACUGAAAAUCUACCAAGUGACUUGUAUUAUGCCAUGGCUGCUAAAAUGGGCACCAGGCUUAGGUCAUUAAACUUUUUCUGCUGAAU